AUGCGAGGGCGGUUAGCGAUGGCGGUGAAGCCGAUGGAGGGGGAGGGGGAGGGGGGGGAGGAGGAGGGCAUGAGGGGAGGAGGCGGCAGGGCGGAGGAGGAGAAGGCGGUGGCUCCACACGGGUCCCUCCUGAGGGCAAGACGAAUCCUCCAAAGCCACGUGCGCGUGCAGCCCUCACUGGAGGAGGGUCCGGUGCCCCCCAGAGCUGAAGCGAUCAGUCGCGACGAUGGUAAUGCAGGAGAAGCGGCGGUAUUCUGGGACAAAUACUUCAGGAAGAAGGAGCAGAUCGAUGUGCAUGCCCUCAAGCUCGCGCUCGAAGAAGAGCUGAAGCUUCACGACAAGGUGAUCGACGUCAACGUGUUGAAGCGCGAAAUGCGGCUGCCGGACGGGUUCAAGGUCCACAGAGACACGUUCGAGUUCCUCUGCCGAGAUGGCAUGGCGGCUGCCUUCAGAGAAUCGGCUUCUCGAGCUCAACCGCGCCCUCGCCCGGGUAGGAUUGGAGGUCCAGUCAUAGCCAAACGAGCGCGAUACAUCAACCCUUACUCAAAAGCAACUAACCAACCUAUCAUCUUCAAUGAAAACAGUGCGACAUGGGAGAAGUCCAAGCAUGUCGAGGCUGCCAAUGAAGAUAAGACAAGGACGAGUCAUGCAUGGGGAGUCGACUCAUUGCAGAAGGAGCAGCCAGCAGCAGCAACGAGUCAGGUGGAGGAAUUCAGUCCCGGCGAUGAAGUGGGGGAUACGCAAGAGGAUGGGACGAUGGACAAGAGGAACGAGAAUUCGAGUCAACCCUUCACUUUCUCUCAAGAAAACGAUUUUUACUAUUAUCGAACUUGCGCGAAAGCGCCAGGAAUUCAUUUCCUAGCAAUGGCUUGCGUGGGGGUUGAUGGGGUGGGACGAAACGAUUCUUGCAGAUUGGUGUUGGUGUUGGCGUCUGCAAGCAUAACGAUCUUUCAAGUUCUCGUUUCGUGGUCUAUCAUCCGUCAAUAUGAACUGCAAUCAUCCUUCUCCUCGAGUCAGAGAAUCCCUUGGGGAGGAAGCGAGUCGCUCGGCUACGUCUGCUAUUUCUUCGGCUUCUUGAGAAUGCUUGUUGCCGUUGCAGAAGAGCUCAAGGUUGGAGUGUAA